CUUGAUCUUAUAGGCAAAGGCACCUAUGGAAAGGUCUACAAAGUACGGAGCAGAGCGGAGGACGAGAUCUAUGUGGUCAAGAAGGUUCACUUUGACGGCGUCCCUCAAUCAGAGGCGGAAGCCGCGCUGCGGGAAGGUCAGGUGCUAAGCUUGCUGCGUCAUCCUCAUGUUGUUCCUUACAAAGAGUUCUUCAAGCACACGGACGGUGACCUGUGUCUCGUUAUGGCGUACUGCGAGGGAGGGGACCUGUUCCGGUACAUACGAGACCUAAGGAAACACGGCAAGACGGUUCCGGAGUCGCAAGUGUGGCAGUGGCUCGUACAGCUGCUGCUGUCGCUGUCGUACAUUCACACCAAGCGCAUUUUGCACCGGGAUGUAAAGACGCAAAACAUAUUCCUGUCUCAGGGGAAGGUCCUGCUGGGCGACUUUGGUCUGGCGAAGCAGCUGCAGCGCACGUUUGAAAUGGCGCGGACACCUAUCGGCACACCGUACUACAUGGCUCCCGAGAUUUUCGAAGAACAGCCGUACAGCUUCAAGAGUGAUGUCUGGGCGCUGGGCUGCGUCAUGUACGAGAUGAUGACGGGGAAGGCGGCAUUUGCAGCGGACAACCUGUCGCGGGUCGUGCUGCGGGUGAUUCGAGGGCAGUACGACCCCCUGCCUGAGUCGUACAGCGCCUCACUGCGUGCCGUGGUCACAUCAAUGUUGUGUCGGGACGUCAACUCCAGACCAGAUGCCAACCAGCUGCUUACGGUGCCGCCGGUGGUGCCGCACGUGCAGGUA